UUUUAAUAGAUAGGAUAUAAUUCAGUAGGAAGAAAACUAAAGCAAUUUCAUUUCGAGUGACUAUUUUGCUUGUCAACUUGACAAAGAGGUCCCCAACAGAGAGUUGCUUUUCAAAAACCACAUACAGUUUUUGGGGUCAGGCUGCUGGGGUUGGAAAGGCAAAUACUUGUUUUGUAACUGCUGUUUGCUAGGUUUCUGUCUUGUCUGAUUGGUAAGUACUUAGGCUGUAUUCUUAAUUGGCCCAUUAUUUAAUAGGAAGAGAGAGAAAGUAGAUAUCUGUGAUGUAGAUUGGCAUCUAGCAACUUCUCACUGAUAUUCCCAAAACAUGAGGAUAUGCUGGUUAAAUUUAAUUCUCAACAGCUUUUGUUGUGUGGUGAUGAGCUGUUCUGGUAGAAAUAGGUUUGGGAAAGAUAUUCAACAAUAGCCAUUGUGUUAAAAUGGUAUAAUGCAAUUUGAGCCCAAAUUCUGACAUUAAUAUGUAUUUUUCUCUUUUUUUCUAAAAAAAACAAACAAACUUCAAACUGUAGAACACUGAAGAGGAGAUGUGGGAAGCAGUUGCAUGUGUAGGAUCUGACAUACUUGCUUUUUAUCGCUUUUCCAAGAAGAGGAGAGAACUUAAAUGUCUCAUUUUUUCAGUCUUACUCAUACUUUACAGUAUCACUAUUUUAAUAGUGAGAAUGAGUUUCUGCCACAGAGCUGAUCUUUGGUUGGUAGCAAAGAAUUUCAUUAAUAAAGCUAGGCUAUUGAACUCACUGCUUACUAAUUAUUGCUAAAAGAAAGGAGCUGUGCUUUGAGUUAAUUAAGCCACAAGGGAUGACUUUUAAUUCUUAAGUCGUAAUUGGGGUCCUUUUUAACGAUGGGGGAAUGGUAUGGGUGUGGAAAAGCACUUAAACAACUAAUCUGCAUUUAUCUUUAUUCCAGUAAAUGAGAAUUUGUGAACGCAAGAUCUACUUCCCUUCAUCAUGUAAAUUUCUGCUUUCCAGAGCUGUAGCCUGUGACAGAUAAAAGUAGCAAGAACAAAUGAGUAACUCUUAAGGAUAGAGAUAAUGCGUCAUAACGGCUGUCUGCAUGCACAUUGCCCAUCUUAUUGUACAGCGCCAGGUGGAAAUGAAGCUCUUGGUUUUGCUGUGAGAGGAGUAGCUGGUUCUGUACCCACACUUCUGGACCUGACGUCUCUUAGCUCGUAAUGAUAAAGUAUGAAAGGAAAGAUGCUUUUGAAGAAUACGACCAGCAGAGAAGCACAUAAGAUCAAAUAGUGUCUUGGACCAUGCAUGCAGCUUUUACUAAAAUUGGCCAAGGAAAAGCUUGAGGAGAGUGGUUCAAAACCUAAGCGUGUACUUAGUAACAGAGGAACGCAAACUGAAAGCAGUAAGCCUUCUGAAGAUACUAAAACUGUGAAAAAAUUGGAUGAAGACAGUAGAGGAUGCAAGAAGGUAAAUGCUUCAAUUGCUGUUGCCUACAAAGCUGACUCCAGACCCCAGGCUAAAGAGAGAACAGCACAGCAGAAAGCGGUAGAAGGUACUGGAAAAGCAUGGAGCUGUCAACAGCAAAAAGAUUUCGGUGUCAAAGCCUUGAAUCAGCAUAAUGGUCUUCCCUUCAUAAAUCAAGAUCAUGUAGGCAACCAAGAUGUUCCUGUUAAAGCUCACAAUAUGGGCAGAGCACCAUGCCCAGAAGAGUGCCACAAGCAGCUUUUUCAUCAGAAACCCAAAGAGAAUGAAAACAAACCUCCGUCACGGAGUAUGGCAUUGCAGGAAGCUGUGCCCUCCACAUCCCAGGCUUUAUCUGACACAGGGUGUGAAGUGACACAAACCAGAUAUGACCAGAUUAUUUUAAUUUCUAAUAGUCUCAUCUGUCAUGGGAUAGCCAUUGAUGUUCAUAUGACUGAAGUGAAAGAAAAGAUUGAAAUGAGCAAAGAAGGGAACUCAAGUGAUCACAGACAUAAAAAUCUCAAAGCAAAAUCCCCGUCCUCUUUAUCAUCAGAAGUGGAAGGAUGUAAACAGCUGCCUAGUAAAUCCAAGCUUGAACAGACUUUGAAGAAUGUCAGCGCUGAAUCAAAUCAAGAAGUGAGAGACAACAAGAAGCAAAAUGAACUUGCACCAAAAACAGGGAAGCAACAGCCAUUAUUGAACAAGCCCAAGCCAAGUAAAAAGGCUGAAGACAAAUCAGAACUAAAAUGCAAACCCAUAGUUUCACAGAGUACCGCUGCAACAGAGCCAAAGAAAGAUCUGGGAAUAAAAGUCAAAAUCCAUCAAGGAACAGUAGAAGUAAAAGAUUCCUUGGCAGUUACCAACUCUGACAGGAGAGAAUCUGAGCCCCCCUGUUCAGUGGGAAGUGAGAACGAUGUGGGCCAGUGUGCAGGAACAACAAUGGAGAACACUAAGUCAUUGGAAGCUAGCAAAGAACUUUCCACACAGGAUGGGAUGAUCGUUGAUGACAGCCCUUCUCCCCCAGCUCCUUUUGAACAUCGCAUGGUGAGUGUCAAGCUAACAGAUGUGACAACGUGCUACUCAGUGUGUCACCAUGAAGUCCUUGGAGGGGGGCGUUUUGGGCAAGUUCAUAAGUGCACAGAAGUCUCAACUGGUCUCAAUUUGGCAGCCAAAGUCAUUAAAGUGAAAGGAGCAAAAGAAAAGGAGGAUGUGAAAAAUGAAAUUAACAUCAUGAACCAAUUAAAUCAUGUGAAUUUGAUCCAGCUUUAUGAUGCCUUUGAAGCCAAAAAUAAUAUAACUUUGAUCAUGGAAUAUCUGGAUGGUGGUGAAUUAUUUGACCGGAUCACGGAUGAAAACUACAGUCUAACAGAGUUGGAUGCAAUCUUAUUUACCAAACAAAUCUGUGAAGGAGUCCAUUACUUGCACCAGCAUUAUAUUCUCCAUUUAGAUCUGAAGCCUGAAAACAUAUUAUGUGUAAAUCACACAGGGAACCAGAUAAAAAUUAUUGACUUUGGAUUUGCAAGGAGGUACAAACCUCGAGAAAAAUUGAAGGUUAACUUUGGAACUCCGGAGUUCUUGGCUCCCGAAGUGGUGAACUAUGACUUUGUUUCCUACCCAACAGACAUGUGGAGCGUAGGCGUCAUCACGUACAUGUUGCUUAGUGGCUUGUCCCCAUUCCUGGGAGAAACUGAUGCGGAGACGAUGAAUUAUGUAGUCAAUUGCAACUGGGAUUUUGAUGCAGAAGCUUUUGAACAGCUGUCAGAGGAAGCAAAAGAUUUUAUUUCCAGACUACUUGUGAAAGAGAAAAGCUGCCGGAUGAGUGCAACACAGUGUUUGAAGCACGAGUGGUUAAACAACCUGCCUGCCAAAGCCAAGAGGUUCAAGCUUCGCCUGAAGUCCCAGUUGUUGCUGCAAAGUUACAUAGCUCAAAGAAAAUGGAAGAAACAUUUUUAUGUGGUGGCUGCUGCUAACAGACUGAAGAGAUUUCAGAGUAUGUCUGUCAAGCUUGCAUAAUGUUGUAUGAAGCAACUACCAUGCUUGAAGAUGGAUGUGAAACCAUAGGAGAACAACUCAGUAUCUUCAGUAAUUUCUAUCCCAUAUAUAAUGUCAAGUCUUGCAUCUGUCUUUCUCAUAUAUUGUGUGUCAGUGCUUAGUUACCGGAAAUGUCUCUGAAAGCAGACAAGAAACAGAAAGUGUUACCUGAAAGCAGAGGCACUGAAAUAACUUAAGAAAACAGAAUAUACUUUUUUUUGUUCUUACAAGCUUUUAGUUGUACAUAGUGAUGAAAAAAUAGAAUUUAGUGGGGCUGACCUCUUCCUGAAGGCGUUUUUACCAAAAAGACCAGCAGUUUUCUGUCUUCUCACACCAAGCAUGGGAUCUCUAAAGACUUUCUUCACAACUGCUGUAUACACAAUCAGUUUUAGUGGACUGCCACAAGAAUAGCACAAUAUUUUCCCUCAGGUUUGUUACUUAAGCAGGAAGAUCAAACUUUUACUUUAGUGAGAAGAUAGAUGGGUGAAACUGCCACAAAUAGAAACUAGGCAGUGGCUGCUGGGUCGCUCUGCAAAUAGCUCAUAAUGUACUGGAAAGACUUCCAGACACUUCAUUUCACAUUUUAAAUGUGUAAAUGCUUUUCAUUGGGUGUGACUGCAGCCCUUAGUAUUGUAGUUCUUAUUUUGAGAUUUUUUUAAAUCCUUUUCAACGAUUUUAAUGCAUUUUAUCUGGAAAGUUGAUAUGCAGAACACAUUCUAAUGCUGUUUAGCUCCAGAGAAAUGGUGUAUUGCUAGACUGUUUUUGGCUCAGCUGGAACACUGAAACCCUUUUUUUCCCAACUUGCUCUCAAACAUAAGACUUUUUCUUCACAAUACUAACUCUUCAUGAUGUCUAAAGAAUUGAAGCCACUUACAAUUUCUCAGCUGAAAAUGCAACAUUAUUUAUUAGACCUGUGGUUUCUUUCAUUCCUGUUCUAGAUUUUGUAGAGCUCAGUGUAAGCUGAACAGGCUCUUUAUUAGUGAUACUUUCUGGUUUUCCUAAAACUAGCUUUUCAGUGAAGACAUCUAGCUGCUGCCAAGCUCCCAUUAACCUUACAGAUUUUCAUAUCCCUUAAAUUAGCAAAAGUGCUGGUUGCUAAUAAAGAAGAUUUUAUGAAUGCCUUACCCUAGCCUAGUUAUCUUCUUUCCACUCUAGUGCUUCCCACUUAUUCUAAUCCCUGGAUUCUGGACUGGUGCCGAUUUUCUACUAUCAAAGCAGUGAAAAAUGAUUAAAAUCCAGUGAAUCUUUACAAUGUAUCACCUUCUGUGAAGGCCCACUUUUGUUCAUAUUUUCCUUCCACAGUGGUUCUGCAUGCUAGAAGUGGAUAUAUUCUUUGGUCUGUAUAUUUCUGAACUAAUACUAAUAAAAUACAUUAUAAAGGAACAGGCCCAUUCCUCCAUUUUGGUUCAAAAAACAAACAUUAGAAAGCAUCUUUGAUUAGGUCUUACAGAAUGUAAGAUCUCACCCCUCUGCCACAUGUUAGAUAUUAAUAGCAGAUGUUUUGUUACAGCUCCUAGUGGGGGUUCAUUAACUAAGAUUUUUCUCUGCACGCCAUGCAUUUGUUUGGAGUCC